AUGCUGCGCUUCUACGUCGUGCAAAGCAUUGUGCUGGGCAUUGUAGUCCACGAGUUGCUGGCGAUAUCAAGGGGUGUGCGGAAGAAGACUCUCCGACUUUCACAGAUUUCCCAAGACGAACUGCUCGACUCUCCUUUCCUCACCCGAACUUCUCUGGGGCUGCUGAGACUUGCGAUUGGGAUCUUUGAGCUCGGACUCAUCGCACAUAGAUGUUUAAUGGGGCCUGCUGACAACAAGUUCUGCAACGUUGUGGAUGAGGGGAAACAUUGCGUCCCUUACGGUGGCAUCUGGUUAUUCGCAACCUUCACUAUUUGGAGCUGGGUCGGUCAGGGCAUCUACUUCUUCAUCAUCGGGCUCGCUCCGUUCGUCAACCUGGGGAGAAGGAGCUGGCUCCAACAGACGCUAUGGGUGCUGUAUGAGAUCAUGUUCCCCAUGGCGAUCUUGGUCACGGUGGUCGUGUGGCUGGUGCUGGUGCCCUACCUUAACAAGGCAGUCGAGGACGGGAGGAGCAGGAACAUCGAGACUCAUCAGCUUAUGCAGCGCGUGCUCUACUCUUUCUCGGGCCUCAGCUUCCACUGCCUGAACCUUGUGUUCAUGCUCCUGGAGUUCUCCCUCAAUAAGAUCAGCAUUGAGCGCGCUCACAGACCCUUCAUCCUUCUGUUUGGCUGCGCCUACGUCGAAUUCGCCACUGUCUUUCACUCCCUCUUCGGCGUUUGGUGA